GCUGGGGCGUGAGUGACCUGAGCAGGGGCCACGUCCGCGUCUUGCCGCCGGCUGCCAGGCAGGGGCCAUGGGCCGCCCGUGCCCUGCGCCGCGGCUCCGCGCGCUGCUGCUGCUCCUCGCGCUGCUGCCGCUGCUCGCCCGCGCCUGGGACAGCGGCGACCUGGAGCUUUUCGACCUGGUGGAGGAGGUGCCGCAAAACUUCUACGGCUUCCUGGGGCUGCCGCAGGAUGCUUCAUCUGCAGACAUAAGGAAAGCAUAUCGCAAGCUUUCACUAACUUUACACCCAGACAAGAACAAAGAUGAAAAUGCAGAAACCCAGUUUAGACAAUUGGUGGCUAUCUAUGAGGUUUUAAAGGAUGAAGAGAGAAGGAAGAGGUAUGAUGAUAUUCUGAUCAAUGGACUACCAGACUGGCGACAGCCUGUAUUCUACUACAGGCGGGUGAGAAAAAUGAGCAAUGCUGAGCUGGCAUUACUCUUGUUCAUUAUUCUCACAGUGGGUCAUUAUGCUGUGGUUUGGUCAAUCUACCUGGAAAAACAGCUGGAUGAACUGCUUAGCAAAAAAAAGAGAGAUAAGAAGAAAAAGACAGGAGGCAGGAGUACAGAUGAAGUAAAACUUGGGGCUGCUGACAAAAACGAAAGAUCAUUGGAAAAACCACAGUGGCGUGAUUUGCUUCCGUGCAAGCUGGGAAUUUGGUUCUGUCUUACUGUAAAAUCAUUACCUCAGCUGUUGCAGGAUGCCAGACAAUUAUAUGUAGAAUACAAAGAAACAAAAAUGAAGGCGAGAGAAGAUGCCCUGGCUAGAGCUGAACUUGAAACACUUCCGAGUGUUAGUCCCAUUGGUCCUAGAAACCGGCACGACAUCCGUAUCAGCAGGACCAGUGGCCUGUUCAGUGGCCUUGUUGGAACAUUGGGUAUUGUGAUCUACCCGUAUCUAGACGACUGCCUCCUCAGGACUUCCUCAUUUCAGGGACACCAUACGAGCCACCCAGACAACCACGUGCACAUUUGCAUAGCUGGAUCUACAGCUCAACUUAGAGAAAUCAGCAUUGACCCCGGUACAGUGACUGGAGUUUAUCGGCACCUACCUCGAUGCAGUACAAGCAAGAGCGUUCCUCCUGUUACACAGACUCACCCUCUUGCACCUGAAUGGACAGAAGAGGACCUUAGCCAGCUGACAAGAAGUAUGGUUAAGUUCCCAGGGGGGACCCCAGGUCGAUGGGAAAAGAUUGCUCACGAAUUGGGUCGAUCAGUGCCAGAUGUUACCUUGAAGACCAAGCAACUGAAGGAAUCUGUUACACAUACUCCAGGAAUUGUUAGACUCUCUGAGCUUAGAAACUUGGCCCAGAAUUCCAGAAAUGCCAAAACCAACAUGGAUUUGCCAGACCAUAUAAUUACGCAGCGAGAAAUAGAUGAGGAGGAGAAAGAGGAGGAGGAGGAGGAGAACUAUAAUCGUGACCCAGAACAGAUGGUUAUUCCAGCAGAUCACAGAGAGACCAUGACAAGCGAAACCAGACACCGCAAGCGAAAAACAGCCAAAGCAUCUGAAAUAACUCUAGCAACGAUGAAAGAGGUGGCAGAAGAUAAAUGCAGGGGAAAGCGUCAGAAAGACUUUAACAACACAGAACAGGAUGAAUAUAGCGAUGAUGAGAACAGAAAAAAAGAGAAAAGCCACAAUUCCGAAGAAUUGUGGACUCAAAAUCAACAGAAACUUCUUGAACUAGCCUUACAGCAGUAUCCAAAGGGAACAUCAGACCGCUGGGAUAAGAUAGCAAAAUGCGUCCCAGGAAAAAGUAAGGAUGAGUGUGUGGCAAGAUACAAGUUGCUUGUUGAACUGGUACAAAAGAAGAAAAUGGCUAAAAGCUGAAUCUUCUGAGCAAAAGAGUUUUAUUUCUAUUUUUCAGAAUGAGAUUAUAUUUUAAAUCUCAUAUGCAGAAGUUUGCAUUUUUGUACCGCAGUAUUUCUAUGUCAUGUGCCUUAGUAAAAGAAAAUAUCAAUAAAUUUUAUGCCAUCUUGCUUAACCA